UAGAAGAGGCCCAAUCAGCGGGUCAGUGCUGCCUGCCGGUGCCGGGGACUGGUGGUGAGAAUCCGCUGCAGCGCGUCAGGGGGACCGGACCGUGAACCCGGAGACGGUACAGACUGAGGCGAAACGAGACCCAGCAUGGAGCGAAUGUCUGAUGAUACACUGAGGCUCAACCUGUUAAAACGAGGUCUGGAGACAUCCACCGAGAGGGAGGAGGCUCUGUCCAAACGUCUAAAGAUGGAGGGUCAUGAAGCCAUGGAGCGCCUGAAGAUGCUGGCCCUUCUAAAACGCAAGGACUUGGCUGAUCUAGCUGCUCUAGAGGUGCCAGGGACACUUGGGGAUGGGAAGGGUCCCAGUGCCAGUUCCAUCCACCACCAGAGCUUAAUGGGAGCCGCGUAUGAGGAGAAGCUGAAUGGAAGCUUGAGGCUCGGCAGUCACAGUGUUCAUGUUGGUCAAAGUAAGAAUGGGAAGGAAAACAUCAUGGAUGAACCAGUGGAUAUGAGCGCCGGAAGAAGAAGUGACGCAGAUCGGGACAGACAAACCCCUUCUCCAGAUGUCAUCAUCCUGUCAGACAACGAGGCCUCCAGUCCCAGAACGACACCUCGGCCAGAAGAGCGCAUCCACCAGGCCAACCUGGAGAUGUUCAAGGGAAAAACAGGAGAGGAGCGACAGCAGAUGAUAAAAGCUCUGAGGGAAGAGCUGCGUCUGGAAGAAGCUCGUCUCGUCCUGCUCAAGAAGCUGAGACAGAGCCAGAUGCAGAAGGAGAAUUUAGUGCAAAAGGUUCCAGUGGUCCAGAGCUCUUCAUCCUCUGCUCAGCCUGCUCCCCUACACGGCUCUGCAGGGUUAGGGAAGCUGCCUGUGAGGCCGGGCCUGCACAACAAUGAGCCUCAGAAUCUCAGAACUGCACAGGGUCAUACGGUCAUUCGUUCAGCCAAUACCAGCCUGCCUCCGAUGCUCAUGUCCCAGCGGGUCAUAGCCCCCAAUCCGUCCCAGUUGCAGGGCCAGAGGAUCUCCUCCAAACCUGGGAUGCCCCGAUCCAGCUCAUCCAGCAUGGCCAACGCCGUAAACUAUCAGCAGGCCAGCCAGCAGGUAGCAGCUUCCCAGCGCUCCAGCUCCAGCGCCAUGUACAUGAACCUGGCCCACAUGCAGGCGGCAGCAGCAGUAGGGGCAAGCGCCGUGGCCGGCGGCCUCGCUGGCGCCUCGGCCGUCAGCCCGUCCACCAUGUCUGGCUCCGCCAGCGGAGCAGUGAGCUCCAUGGCUGACCAGGCCAGCAGCCAGGCAGCCGCCAAGCUGGCUCUACGGAAGCAGCUGGAAAAAACACUGCUGGAAAUUCCUCCACCUAAACCCCCGGCGCCGCUGCUCCAUUUCCUGCCCUCGGCUGCAAACAGCGAGUUCAUCUACAUGGUGGGUUUGGAGGAAGUGGUGCAGAGCGUCUUGGACAGUCAGGGUAAAUUCCGAGGGUCUUUGGCCCGUUUGGAGCCCUUCUUCUGUGCCCAGUGCAGAACAGACUUCACACCCCACUGGAAGCAAGAGAAGAGCGGCAGAAUCCUCUGCGAGCAAUGCAUGACGUCCAAUCAGAAGAAGGCUCUGAAGGCAGAGCAUACCAACAGACUGAAGAAUGCGUUCGUGAAGGCUCUCCAGCAGGAGCAGGAGAUCGAACAGAGGCUGCAGCAGCAGGCCGCUCUCUCACCCAGCUCUGCUUCUACUGGUCCCAACGUCUCCAAGACGGACACCAUGAUCCGACAGCACGCCCUGCGUCAGGCUCAGCAGCCGCAGGCCUCUCUGCAGCGAGGUCUGUCCAACUCUGCAAGAGGCGUCCUUUCCAACUUCGCCCAGGCCUCCCAGCUGUCGGUGGCCAGCAGCCUGAUGGGGAUGAGCGGCGCCAAGCACUGUGGCAGCGGCGGCGGCGGCAGCAACAGACUGCAGCACGACAGCCGUCGUCAGAUUUACAAUAUCCCAGGGUUAAAUAUUGCCUACCUGAAUCCUGCAGCGGUUGGAGCCCAUAAGACUUCCACCUUAGCGGACCGGCAAAGAGAGUACCUGUUGGACAUGAUCCCGCCUCGCUCCAUAUCGCAGUCCAUCACCGGGCAGAAAUGAGCCCCGCUAACCUCUCCUGUGUGUCAGAGGCCAGUGUCGUUUGAUAACCCCCCACCCCCCCCACCAGGCGCUCCCAGAUCAGCUGAGAUUUCCCCCCCACCGUUCCAUCGCAUGCAGUGCCUGUCCGUGUGCCUAUCUCAGACCAACCCGUGAGAGUCGACCAGAAACACAAGCCGUCAGCGCAUCGCAGUUGUUUUUAUUAUAGCAGCAUCCCCCGUCCCUUUAGAAUCACCGCUGGUAGCGCUUCUACUGCAUUGGCCACUUAAGCUCAAGUUGGUUUCCGUUCUGCUAUCAUUGGUAUUUGGCACGUAUGUUUCUCUCUCUGCCGUCUGAUCUUUGCUUUAAGAGACUAUCAGUAACAACACUUUUAUUUUUCUCCACUAAAGCUAUUAUGACUAUUGUUCAAAACAGAAGAUCAACAGGGUUCACUCUGGUUGCUAUGCAACAUCAAGUUUAUUUACUCUCAAGUUUUUAAACGUGAUUAGUUUGCUGACUCCUAUUUUAAAAAAGGAGUUAAAGAUUCUGUUAGAACGAAUUUCAGGCUGCGCUGGUUCUGGAGAGACUCUGAGAUUCUGGAGCAGAGAGCUCACCGCGGAUCAGUGACCCGCCUCAAGCUCUUCAUCAGAGGGUCCAACGCCGCCUGACCCCAGACCUGGAGUCGCCCCCCCUAACCGACAUCAGAACCAAGAGAAACUGACUAAUCUGGAACCAGAGAGGAUCUGAUGGAGUUAAAACAUAUUUCCCAUCUUUAGCAGCUUUUCCUUUGUUUCGGAGGCGACUUUCUGCUGUUACAGGAAGCAUCAGACCAAGCAGGCGGGGAGCUGAUGAACCAGGAGACGGAUGUUCCAGGUGGCGUUGUUCACCGAGGAGCCAGAUGCAUUUUUUUUUUUUUUCCCGCCUCCUUUUUUCUCUGCCUUUUCUUCAAUAUUCCCCCUGAAUUAUUUCCAUCCCAUCAGUUCCUCUUUGUUUCUGUGUGCAGAGAGUUCAGAGUCGCUCCUGAUCAGAUUCUCCACCCAGCAUCCCAGUUUAUUUUUCCAGUGUGUCUCAUCCUUUUUUUUUCCCUGACUUUUUCGUGCGGCGUCUUCAAAUGAUUUGGUGGCCUACCUGAGAGGCAUCGGCUACCGGAGACGAUAAUAAUCUAAAACUGUAAAAAUAAUUUUUAAAAAAUCUAUGGAUUGUGUAUAGAUGCCUAGCUACAAAGGAAAAAGGAUGCGGAUGUUUUACGAGAGACAUGGAUCAAUCAUUGUGCGCACCCUGUGCUCACAAGUUGCCUCACUCCAGAGGAGCACUUUUCAUAUUUCCAAAAUGGAAAUUUAGUUUAGUUUAGUUUUUCGGUCGUUUGUUGUUGUUUUCAGUACAAAGAAAUGAAUGUUGGAUAGAAAGUAAUAAGGUCACGAUCAGUUGGGUUAUUAUCCUGGUUACAGAAUGACAUUGAUGUGGACUGAUCCUCAUGCAUCUCUCAUUGCUUUUUAUGUUUCACGCGUCGACCGCUGCACACAUCCUCAGUCAGUGUUUGUAACAAUUUGGUUAACGUGCUCUAAUCACUUUAACUCUAUUGAAGUUUGCAGGAUUUGUAGCGCCACGCUAACAUGCUGCUAUCAGACAGAUUCCUCUGAGGUGAACAUUAUAGCUGGAACUGCUCUGCUAGACAAUCUCCAUAUUUCAUACGUCUAUAUAUAUAUAAUUUAUAUAUAUAUAUAUUAGGGCUGCAACCAACAAAUUAUUUCACAAGUCGAUUAAUAAUUGGAUAAACAAGGGUUCCUUUAAGAAGACUUAUGGCUUAUUAAAUUAAACAGGAUAAAAGUAAAACUUUUCUACUUGAGGAGUUCUGGAUAUUGACAGCCUAAACUUUUUUUUAAUCCGAAAUUCUAAAUAUUUAUAUAACUUUUUUUAAAAUUUUGAUUUAAUUCCUGCUCUUAGUGGGUUGCUCUGUCAACUAAAGGCAUGUUUUAUAGUCUAUAUACUCCAAUUAAACAUUAAUUGAUUAUUAAAUUAGUUGAUUCUUUCAACAAUUGAUUGAUCGCAAAUUAACAGAUUAAUUUCAGCCCUAUUUUAUAUAUCUAUAUCUAUCUAUAUAUAUAUAUUCUCACACAUCCUCAGUGAAUGGGACAUGCAGUCUGCAGCAGCUGAAGGUUGAACCUUUUUUAUUUCCACAUACCUGACAUUGUAAAUGUUUCCAUCAUGGCGUAGCGAUGCUUUGUGUUUUCUGUGCUGGAUGUUAGGGAAGACAAAGGAUUAUGGCAUUUUGUUUGCAGCCCCAAGUCAUGACUUGUACAAAUUCUGAGCAAGGUUUAUCUUUUUUUUAUUUUUUUUAACACCUCUUUGUUUGCAGGGUUUUUAGAGCCUCCUGUUAAUUAGGAUUUAGAAACGGUGUCUACGUAGGCAGCCCUGAUCUGUUCAAUCUUUGUCGCCCAGGUCUUUGCAGACUUGUCAGAUUGUCCCGCCCACCUGACUGAAACUUAAUCAGUUUGCAGUCUCUCAGGUUUGUAGCUGUGUUCACUCUGUUUGCAGUAUUAUUUACGGUACAUAGUUACCCCCUCAUGCAUGAGGUCAUUUUGAGUGGGACGUUCAAGCCGUUCUCAUAGAUUACUCUGAAGGGACAACGCUUCCUUAAGCCCCAUUUUAAUUCUCUACAAUCGUCCGACCCUAAUGAGACAGAAACACCUGAAAAAGGGAGUGUCUCACAUUAUUUUCCAUUUAAAUAGGAAAGUAUAUGACCACCUAUUGACUUUCUGGACAAAACUCUGCGAUUCUUAAACUUCCAGAUCUUCUGUCUCUCCUUCCUAGAAACAUGUGACCUGAAUCUUCAUACAGUCGGUUCAGAAAACAUCUCAAGGUUAUCUAUACAAGAGCCAAGGUCAACACAGGUUAAUGCAAUGAACCUGUUCCAUUAAUGGCUUUAAAAUUUGUUGGAUCUAUUGGAUCAUUUGAUUCUAAGUUGGUCCGAAUUCAGUUAAUUUAAAUGCAGUUUAUUCAAAUCCGAUUAAAUAAGAUUUCUAUUGGCGUUCUCCACAACUCCAUAUUGAUUUUGAUCUUAAAAUGUCAUUUUGUUAAAAGUUAUCAUUGACUUCAAAGCAUUUCCUCCUCUGAAGCUAUUUUAUGGCUGCAGGUUCCUGUUUGUGUGAAGCGCUCCGUACGAAUCUCUACGGCCAAUUUUCUAGAAUAAUGGCAGCAGGUCCUUCUGUGGCUGUUUUAAGGAUGCAUUGAUAUAAACACAGUCACUGCUCGGUCUAUGUUCCAUUGAGAGGUAAAACCUCAAUACCUGAGGUGUGUCGUUAAGCGCCAAAACGGCCACCGAAACUAUAGAGUUUUAUCAAAAAAGAUCAAAGCGUUUAUUUAAAAAUUUAGAAAUAAAUUGCGUAUCCGUCUUACAGACAAAACUGGAAGUUAGAUAAAUAAGUGCUCUGAUGGGAAGGUUUAAAACAAUCAUUCGUAACAGAACUUUGUAUUCAGAGUUUCAUGUUUAACAAGAAUAAUAUCGAGCUAUUCAUUUAUCAAGAAUCCAAAGAAAUCAAAUUAUAAAAGUAUCUCCCUAGCUUCCUUCUGCUAAAUAUUAGACGAGUUGAAAACCUUUUCUAAAUCGUUUUGAUCUUCCUAAUAAUGGAGAAUCCAGACUAGCUCGUUUUGACUAAUCUGGAUGCAGAUGAGAAUCACCCAUCAACGUACAAUAUUUUACAUUUCUUCAAUGCCAUCGGCACCUAUAGUAAAAGGGCCAAACACUGAACCCUGUGGUACUCCAUAGCAAACGUCUCACUUGCAUGAAACAGACUAGAUUCUGUCGGCUGCAAUCUUAACCACCUAGUUCUGUUCCCCCCAUUAAUAUAGAAAACGCUUUGAUCAUUUUAUUUAUUAAAACCACAUCCUACCCAACCUGUUGUAGAUAAAAGGAACAGAUGAUCUUCUUUUUAAUGAGAUUGAGAAGUCAGUACCUUAAGUAUAUUAUCAGUAGUACCUUCAGUGCUAGUAAAAGUUAAAAUGGCCCCCAACAUGUUAAGAAGCACGGUCCAUGCAAACAUAAAAACCUCUGGCCAUAGAGGUCUGUUUGAGCGGGAGAAUGUAGCGGUUUAUAGUCUGUAGACCUUCCCAUAUUUAACCCCUAAUGUAAAGCUGGACAUGUCAGAGCAGCUGUUAAAAAAUA